CGCUCUGGACAAACAGUGGGCAGCAAUAGUAAUAAUUGCAGGCUAUUGAUGAUCAUUUGUCAUCGGGACUUCCACAUCACCGCUGACGUCCGACUCGUGCAAGAAGGGGGCAUUUUGACUUUCACCAUCACCCACUUCUACCAAAGGCACCGGCGUGCAACUCCGUCAAGUCUGCAGCAACAGAAACACCACUUCACGUGUUCACCACACAGACUAUGGUGCGGAUUUUCUGAAGUUGCAUCAAGCUGAAUAACUGCACCUGGCAGGGACUUAAAAUCCGGCAUUCAGUCCGAUAUCAUGGGCGGAGUGUGCGGAUGCUCGUGGUCGUGCAGACCGAUGUGGCGGCUUUUUAUCCUUCUGGCCACAGUGCCGUGCCUGUUGCUCUCUGCGGGGAGCCCUGCAGCGGUGGUUGGCAAAGUGUAUCCACGCGGAAAACACUGGGCAGUAGGUCACUUGAUGGGGAAGAAGAGCAUCGAGAGCCUUCCCGUGCUGCGGCAGACCAACGCCGAAGGUCACUACCUCCGCCUCCCAGGGGCCCCUGGGGCCACGCAGCGCCUGACGGAGGCUGUGAUGCCACAGAGGAGCCAGAAACGGACGAUGCCCCGCGCCGCAGGCUGGCUGCUGCGCAUGCGCAGUGGCUGGAGAGAAGAGGAACGAGACAAGUAUCUCAGAGAGAUGUCUGACCUGCUUCUCAUGGCUUUGAAACUGCGGGACCAAGAACCCACCUGAGUGCGUUCAAAGAGUGUGUUCAUCACCUACUAAACAUGCACCCUGUAAUCACAUAUUUUAAUAUUUCAUUAAAUAUGUAAUUGCAUAUAAUUAAACAUCUCUAAUAUUUGCA